CACAGUGCGGCGUGUGUUAUAUCGUCCUUUUAGAAGAAAUUGCCUCAAACAUGGUGGUGUCAGUGACUAUACAACAUUUAUUCAAGUAUCGGCUUGAGUUUGUCGCAAAUACACACUUCCAGAAGUAUCCUAGUAAAGGGGAGAAGUUUGUUGUGAGAGUUGACACCCUGGAACACAAUAGAGAUGCUGCACGUGGUAUAGAGUACUGGAGAAGGAUUGCGGUGUGUGCAAAUGUCAUCCCCAGCAUACUGAGAACUAUAAAUGUGCUGAACGAGCAGAAUUUCCUCCUUGAAGAAGAGGCCUGGCUGAAUUUUCAUAAGCCUGAGUUUCAUCUGCGGAGUUCUAAUAUCACAUGGUCCAAGUAUGCCCAUAUAUGGGAGGAAUCAACAUUCAGGCCAAGUCACGAGAAUCCAAAGUGGACGGUCCUUGAACAGCAUGGAGUCGUGGAGGUGAAGGCAUUUGGAGCAUUUGGGCGCGUGCUGGAGCUGUUUGCUCAGAGAUUUUUGCAGUCGGGAGUCAGGAGAGGCUUGAGAAUAAUGGAUGACCUUCUGCAGGAGAGGGAAAGCCAAGCUUACCUUCCCCAGGACAAUGUGUCGUGACCUGACUGUCGGUGUUCACCAGGUAGACUUACACCUGGGUGCUGUCGGCGGACAUGACUUUUACCAUGAUACUUCUGAAGACAGACAAUCUGGAAAAUAGUUGAUGAAAUUGAAUGAUGUUCAAUCAUACAUACUGUAUGGGUUUGUUAAUAUGUUGUACCUGCUGAUUCUGUUAUCUUGAUACCGGUGCCAGAAAUGAUGUUCAAUAUAGAUAUUACUGAAGUUAUUUGACUCACAUUCUCAAUACUCUCCCAUAUGUUUAGUGUAAUGGUUCCUGGAAUUAGCCACUGUAUGAGUGUGUGAGUGCUGCUUGACGUGAGGUAGGUCCAGGAUGUGUAUACUUUGAUGAAACCCAUGAUCUAGUGUGUGGUGCUAUCACACUGAAGUGGAACCUCGGCAAACAGGAAUUUGAACCCACGAUGAUACAGUUGUCAUAUGCCCAAGGGAAGCAACUCUCUACAGGGAAUUGUGAUGUCUAAGAUGAUAUCUGAGACCUGCAUUACUUCAGGCAUUCCUCCCACAUGAACCUGACACGCUGUGGUAUAACACCUGUACUUCUCACAGUGGUGUUAAACCAAACACAAUAACUGUAAAGAGACACAAGGUUAAAAAGAGAAAAAACUCUGACAAGUAGAGGUGUCGACAGGCAGAGGUACUGACAGGUAGAGGGGUGGACAGGUAGGGGUGUGGACAGGUAAAGGUACUGACAGGUAGGGAUGGACAGGUAGAGGUACUGACAGGUAGAGGUGGAUGGGUAGAGGUACUGACAGGUAGAGGGGGAUGGGUAGAGGUACUGACAGGUAGGGGUGGACAGGUAGAGGUACUGACAGGAAGGGGUGGACAUGUAGAGGUACUGACAUGUGUAGGGGUUGACAGGUAGAGGUACUGACAGGUAGAGGUGGACAGGUAGAGAUACUGACAGGUAGAGGUGGAUGGGUAGAGGUACUGACAGGUAGAGGUGGAUGGGUAGAGGUACUGACAGGUAGGGAUGGACAGGUAGAGGUGGACGGGUAGAGUUACUGACAGGUAGAGAUGUGGACAGGUAGAGGUACUGACAGGUAGGGGUGGACAUGUAGAGGUACUGACAUGUGUAGGCGUGGACAGGUAGAGGUACUGCCAGGUAGAGUCAUGGACAUUUAGAGGUGCUGACACAUUGAAGUACUGACAUGUGUAGGUUGGACAGGUAGAGGUACUGACAUGUAUUUGUACUGGAGACAGCUGAUUAGGUCUAGGAAGUACAGUGGCUAGAAUACAAUGUUGCAGCUUUAACAGCAUUAUUUCAGUGAUAUUUCAAUACCUCUGUCACCUUUGUUAUGUAUAUGAUUGUUUAAUGAUAUAAGUCAUGUAUUUUGUUGACGUAUAAUCAAAUGAUGACUUUGCAAUAUACACAUCAGGUAAUGAUAGUGCCAAAGGUAACAUGUGCUGCCUUACAACAUUCGACAUGUUAAGCUCCCUGCCCCAAAUAACCAUGACCAAGUUCUAAACAUAUCUGCUAGUGAUAUGUUUUACUAAUUUAGGUGACAGUAUUGGUCAUUAAAGUUUAAAUUAAGUUCAAAUCUGAAAACAAUUUAAAUGGUUUUAACUGACUAUGGUGUUAAUAACUAUCUGCUUUGUCAUUUCUAAGUGUAUAAGGCAGUAUGUAUUUUUUGUUAAGUUUUCAUUUUAUCACCUGAAACAUUGUCAGGUCCAUGGACAUACUAGCCCAUUACAACCAUGUUGAUUAUCAUUUUUGUGGCUGAUACUCUUAUAUCAUUCUUUUGUUCUGUGUUGCUAUGGCGAUCCUUGCUGCUAGUCAACAGAUAUUUGACAUGUUUAAUGUUGUGUAUUGUUUUGAUAUUAAAAUGAUUCUUUACUGG